UGGUUUGAGCAUGUUAUACAUGCUCCGUGUGGAAGGAUUUUUCUACUUGAAUCCAAGCGCAUUCUGAAUCAGAAAAAAAAAGUUUGUUGACCUGUCAAGUGUCAAGCACACGUGUUAGGUUAUAAAUUAUUAUUUUUGAUAAACUCCAAAUAACGGCAAGUAAUAUUGUUGCUAAAUUUUACUGCAGCAUAAAAUGGGCACCGACGAAGCCAAACUAAAAGAUUUUAAGCUAAAACCGAUGAAGUGUGAGCUGAAUUUUCUCAGUAAAUCGGACGGCUCUGCGAUUUUGUCUCAAGGUAGUACAGUAGCGUUGACUAGCGUCAAUGGACCUCUGGAAGUUAAAAUGUCCAGUCAAAGUAUAGAGAAGUCUACAUUGGAAGUUCUCUUUAGUCCUAAGGGCGGGAAACCAUCUGUAAAAGACAGGUACAAAGAGAAUGUGAUCCGUCAAACCUGUGAGGAAGCUGUCCUGAGCAGCCUGUACCCUCGCACCGGCAUCUCUGUCACAGUGCAGGAGCUGGAGGACUAUGGAGGGCUCUUAUCAACCUGCGUGAACUCCGUCUGCCUAGCGCUAAUAAACUCCGGUGUGGCGAUGCGCCACGUUUUUGCAGCAGUAUUGUGUUGCGUAGACGAGCGCGGAGACAUCUUGCUUGAACCUGAGGCCGAGCAGCUAGAUGCUGCGAGAGCUGUGUUGAGCUUCGUCUUUGAUGAACGAGAUAAAAGUCUCGUCACAGGCUUCACCGAGGGCAAUUUCAGCGAAGACACGUACAGAGAGGCCAUGGAGCGGUGCCGGUCCGCCAGCGACCUCGUGUUCGCCUUCUAUAGGGAUAUUGUUAGUAAAUACUCUAAAGUUAUUGGAUGAUAGACGGUUCAUGUUGGUGUGGUUGGAAAUACACUGAAGUCCGUGCAGCAUGGGGAAAUAAGUAAGCUUAGAGUGCUCAUUCCAUGCAUCAGUUUCCUUACUUAACAAAUAAUAUAAUUGCAGUGAAAUAUCGAUAAUCCGGCAAUUCGAUGGUCCGGUAUUCCCAGUAAUCCGGCACUAAAAUGUGCGCCUAAAUUAUCGCACUUCAAUCUCUAUAAAUGGCUAAGUUCCAGAUAACACUAAAAUUUUCUUUGAUAUUAGUAUUUUGGUAAAAUGUAUUUUUACGACAUACUAAAAAACAUAUACUUAAUAAUAUGCCGAUUUGCUCUAACUUACAGUAAUUCGAAUUUUCCAGUAAUCUGGCUCUCUUGUGUAAGCAUCGGUGCCGGAUUAGUGAGAUUGUACUGUAAUAGAAUCAGGCGUUACUUUACGGAAAUCCAUAUUGCAUGCAAAAAAAUACGGAAGUUAGUAUAACGGGUUAACACUAAUUGUCUUGCACGUUAUUUUAUUUCGCGGAUUAUCAACGAUAUAUUUUUGUUUUGUUUGUAUUAACAAAUAUGAAGCGAGUAAGGUUAAGGGUAAGGGACUAAGGUUGCCAGAGCUCAACGAGACAUCUUACAUGGCGGUCCUGCCCGGGUCAAUGCUAUUAUAUACCUGUAGGAUGAUGCGUCAAUUAUGCAAUGGGUGGUGUUUAAAUACGAAUAUAUUUUACGUGCGUGUUGGGAUGAGGCAUAGUACACACACUACAGUACCAUCGUGGUAUAACAUAUUAUCCAUCAUGAAAUUCGUACAGACAAAGUAAAAAAUAAGGCCUCGCAUCCGAAAAAGGAUAACAAUUAUUUGACAAUGUUAUAUAGAACUUACUUAUGUAUAAUUUUGCGUCUUCAAGCCUGAUUUACACGCGUGCCGAGACUUGGCGACAAUCAGGAACGCAGUUGCGCGUUAGAGCGAGUAAGAGAUAUUGCUAUCUCAUUCCACCGCAUAGCUGCAUCCCUGACGCUUGCCAAGUCUCGGCACGCAGUAAAUCGGGCUUUACAGGGCGUUUCAUCAAAACAAAUUCCUAAGAACAAAUUUCCGUAUCUCUUCCAGUUUCACUUUUCCCCUCAUUGCUACAUUUAAAGACCCGGUAUAUAUUUUGUAUACAUAUAUUUAUGUGGCUAUAUUGAAAUAGUGUAGCAACGAAGGGUAAGUGAAAUCUUGAAAAUGUGGUCUUUAGAUGCACGACAGCAGCAGGCUGGAGUGCAUUAAAGACCCGAGUUUGCUAUAUUCUUACCCCCGUAGUUACACACAAUGUUUUGAAUCAAUUUAAUCACACUUACGAAGAAAUAACUGAAUUUUAAGACGGUGACAUUUCAAACAUUCGUCCGCCAUAUUGUCAUUCGUUGACAGGUUAGCCAUCGAAGGCCCAUUCAGCACAUACCUAUUCGGCAUUCAGCCACGAUUUAAAAUUGUGUAAAAAUAUUUUAAACGAAUUAACCAUUGGACCAUUGUUGUCUAUAAAUAAAUAAAUUGAUUGAUUGAUUGAUUGAUUAAUCACAUUAAAUAUUUUUUAAGAUAAACAAUAUAAAAUAAAUGAUAAAAGUCAGUGUUUUAAAAAUACAACUCAUUUAUACCUGCUUGGUUCGUAUAAAUUAGUGACACAAUUAAAAAAAAAGCUAAGGACCUAUCUUGGGAGUUAGUUUUUUUUACAAUCCAUAACUCCCACGGGAACGAUUUAGGCCUUUGCCCUUCAGUACACCUGUAUGAAAUAAGAUAUUUUUCGAGCAAGUCUGAUGAAAAAAUAUUUCUGUGGCUAUAUUUAAAAAAAGUACACAUGUCUCGCGCAGUUGAGGUUUUUACCCCUUUCUGAACCCCUGGAAUGGAAACUUAUUUCCCUUUUCACUAGAGCUACAAAGGUACAGAUUUAUAACUGUAGGUUUAUACAUGCAUUUUUUAUAAGUUAUAACAGGGUUUCCAAACUUUUUGACACGAGAUGACCUCUUUAGGGCUAAGUUGGUCGGCUCUGGUCGUCUCUUUAUCAUUUGUCACCAUGCCUGUCACGUUCUAACAAGUAUGUAAGUGCGAAAGUGACGCAUGACAUGACAGGUGAUACAAAUGCGACCAUGAUACCGCUAUUAAAUUAUAAAUUAUACUUAUACAUUAAUUUAAUUAUAAUUCUUACCUGUAAAUAUAAAAACAAUGAACAAACAA